AUCCAACACCCCAGGGGUGCCAAACCCACCGCAGACCUCGCGGAGAUGGGGAUGCGAGCGUUGGGGUGCUGCAUCCUUCCUUCCCAUUCUUCCUUAGGGCGGGGGCUGUUUUUUUUUUCCAGCCCCUAAAAAAGGGUUCUGUCUGAGCUGAGCAGAGGGCUGGGAAGCUCUGGGAGCAGCUCCUUGUGAAGCCGGCUUCCCAUUCCGGGGGAUGGUGUGUGCAUUGCAGCUGCGGCGAGGAGCCGUCUGCACCGGUGCCUCAGCAAAAUGUAGGUUAGCAAAGCGUUAGGGACCCCAACCUUGGAGGAAAGAGCAGCAGGAUGGCGGAGAAGGGUAUGGAUCCCGCAUGUGUCUCCAUCGCCCUGGAGGACACGGUGUGCCACGCCAGCCCUCCAGACGCUCCGCUCCUCACCACCCACUUGAAGAAGGUGGAGAACCACAUCACCGAGGCCCAGAGGUUCUCCCACCUCCCGAAGCGCUCGGCCGUCAACAUUGAGUUCAUCGACCUGUCCUACUCUGUGCGCGAAGGUUCCUGGUGGAGGAAGAGAGGGUACAAGACUCUCCUCAAAUGCCUGUCGGGGAAGUUCUGCCAGCGGGAGCUCAUUGGGAUCAUGGGGCCCUCCGGCGCCGGGAAGUCCACCCUGAUGAACAUCCUGGCUGGCUACAGGGAGACCGGCAUGAAGGGCCAGAUCCUGGUGAACGGCCGACCGCGGGACCUGCGCACCUUCCGCAAGAUGUCCUGCUACAUCAUGCAGGAUGACAUGCUCCUGCCACACCUCACCGUGCUGGAGGCUAUGAUGGUCUCUGCUAACCUGAAGCUGAGUGAGAAGCAGGAGGUGAAGAAGGAGCUGGUGAAUGAGAUCCUGACAGCCCUGGGGCUGCUGGACUGCUCCUACACCCGCACCAUCUCGCUGUCAGGGGGGCAGCGCAAGCGCCUGGCCAUCGCCCUCGAGCUGGUGAACAACCCUCCGGUGAUGUUCUUCGAUGAGCCCACGAGCGGUCUGGACAGUGCUUCCUGCUUCCAGGUGGUUUCUCUGAUGCGGUCCCUGGCACAGGGUGGGCGCACCAUCAUCUGCACCAUCCACCAGCCCAGCGCCAAGCUCUUUGAGAUGUUUGACAAGCUGUACAUCCUGAGCCAGGGCCAGUGCAUCUUCAAAGGCGUCGUGACCAACCUCAUCCCCUACCUGAAGGGUCUUGGCCUCCACUGCCCCACAUACCACAACCCUGCUGACUUCAUUAUCGAGGUGGCUUCAGGAGAGUAUGGAGACCUCAACCCCGUCCUGUUCCGCGCCGUCCAGAAUGGCAUGUGCACCAUGGCUGAGAAGAAGAGCAGCCCUGACAAGUCAGAUCCAUCGUGCCCGGCACACUGCGUGACGGACGUGGACCACAUCGAGAGCCACACGUUUGCCACCAGCACUUCAACCCAGUUCUGCAUCCUCUUCAAGAGAACCUUUAUUUGCAUCCUAAGGGACACGGUGCUGACCCACCUGCGGUUCAUGUCCCACAUCUGCAUCGGGGUGCUGAUCGGGCUGCUCUACCUGCACAUUGGCAACGACGCCGGCAAAGUCUUCAACAACACUGGCUUUCUCUUCUUCUCCAUGCUCUUCCUUAUGUUCGCCGCGCUGAUGCCCACCAUCCUCACCUUCCCCCAGGAGAUGUCUGUAUUCCUGCGAGAGCACUUGAACUACUGGUACAGCCUGAAAGCGUAUUAUCUGGCGAAGACCAUGGCGGAUGUGCCCUUCCAGGUGAUCUGCCCCAUCGCGUACUGCAGCAUCGUGUACUGGAUGACGGGACAGCCUCCUGAAGCCACGCGCUUCCUCCUCUUCUCUGCCCUGGCCACCGCCACAGCCCUGGUGGCCCAAUCCCUCGGGCUUCUCAUCGGAGCUGCUUCCACGUCCCUCCAGGUGGCCACUUUUGUGGGACCUGUCACUGCCAUCCCUGUCCUGCUCUUCUCGGGCUUCUUCGUCAGCUUCAAGACCAUCCCGACCUACCUGCAGUGGAGCUCGUACGUCUCCUAUGUCAGGUAUGGCUUUGAGGGCGUCAUUCUCACCAUCUACGCCAUGGAACGUGAGGACCUGGAGUGCCUCGAGGACUUCUGCCCUUUCCAGAAACCCAUCAAGAUCCUGCAGGAGCUGGACGUAGAGGAGGCCAAGCUCUACCUGGACUUCCUCAUCCUGGGCAUCUUCUUCGUCAUCCUGCGGCUCCUGGCUUACCUGGUCCUCAGGUACAAAGUCAAAUCAGAGAGAUAAAGAGGCCCCGGUGCCGUUCCUGGGCCUGGACUGCUGCAGGAGACGUUCUUCGGAUGGACACGGUGCUCCUAGCAGGUCGCAGACCGUGGCGGAGGUGUCGAUAGGUGCCAGCCAGGCCUGGCUCAGUCGAGAAGGGUUUUGAGACAUCUCGGAACUGUUUUAACCUUGCCACACACUCUUCAUUGUGAAAGUUUUGUACAGCCUUGGCAUGUGCCACCCUCUCCUCCAGGACUGCUGAACCUCACAGAGCUUGGGGUCCCUCUUGGCACCCCUGCCCGGCGCUGCCCUUCUCCACCAAACACAUUGGGACACUGGGAUGGUCCCGCAGGGACCCGAGAGAGGCUGAGAGGAGCCGACUGUUCCGGGCAGGAGUCGGGGCAAUGCCCUGGGGCUGAAGCUGGAGGAGAUGCCUACAGAGCACGGAUGAGCAGCUCUGCGCCUCGCCCUGGCCAGCAGCACGUGUGUCAGCACAAAGAAGAGCCCAAAGAUGCAAUAGGCUGAGUUGCACAAGGCUUUAGUGUUUUCUGUAGCCACAGAAAUUGCUGCAUCCCCAUUUUUGUUCUGCAUAACCCCCUCUUUCCCCCCUUGUUCCUUUUCUUUCUUAUUUUUUUUUUCCAAACCCUCUGCAUGGACGGGAAAGGGAGUCACCGGGGACAGAAGGACUUGGGGAUCCGUCUCAGACUUCUGCUCUGAUGCCAUCCUCAGAGACGGGAUCAUCAAACCUGGAGACGUGGUGGGGUUUGGGAACAGGGCAGUGUUCUCAGACCUUAGGGAGCCUCUCAAGUCCCUGUUGUCUCCAGGGUCUGAGCCAAGAGGAUAAAACCAACCAACACGGCAAGAAGUGACUGCUCCCUUCAAGUGAUGCCCAGAAUGAGGAGGAUUUACGUCCCCACAGCCUGCCAGUGCCCAGCAGAUGAAAAGCAGGGCUGGGCUCAGUUGUGGCGUCGCUGGAGCCUCUGCUGCAGGAGAAGAGCUGACCCUGAGCCCUUCCCUUGCACCGUCUCGCUCCUCACGCCUCUUCCUCCGGCACAACCGCAGCUUCCUCAGCAGAACAGGGAGGACGAGCCUCACCCAGCACAGGCUGCGCACGGAGGCGGUGAGAGCCCAGGGUGCUCCCAGCGGUGCCACAACUGGAAGGCAGGUGAGAUCUCAGAGCAGCUUCUUUGCAUUGGGCCCCCCUGGCACCGAGAAGGGCUUUGUGCUUUGUGACUGCUAUCAGGAGAUGAUCCCUUUUGGCAAGCGUCUCCAGUGGCUCCUCCACGUCACGUCCCACUCCACUCCGCUCGUGGAGGGAAGGCAUUUUUGGCACCUGGUUGGCUCUCCAAAGGAACCGAGCUGAGCCCCAAGCUGGCGGGGGGCGUCUGCACACACUGCUGUGCCCUGCGGCUGCGCUGGUCACCCGUGUGCGUGGCAACCCACCGCUUUCCAGUGAGCGCGGACGCGGCCCCAUCCUGCCACGCUUGGCCCCGGUUCAAGCGCAGGCUGGGAGAUGCUGCUGCCGGCUGUCUCGGAGCAGCAGGGGAUCUCAGGGCAAAUGCCAGACUUCGGUGAAAUCCUGGAGACUGCUCUUUGCUUUGCCUGGCUCAUGCUGGGGCUGCAGGUGCAGGUGCCGGGUUGGCGGCAGCGCUGGGCACUCAGCAAGGGGGGGUUUCCCCCACUUGGGCAGCAUUGCUGCGAGGAGCUUGCAGCACUCUCCUGCGCAGAGGGUCUGGAAGCAGGAUGUGUCCUGGUGACCUUUCCAUGCUGAGCAUCAGGGGUUUCCCCAGGAGCUCUUGUCUGACUUAUCGCUCUUCAUCACAAAAUGCCCUUCGGCUCCUGGAUCUUCCCUCACUGCGCACCCUGUGCUGUGCUCUGUGAUGGACCCUGCCAGUCUGGGGGGCUGCAGCCUCCUGGGGACAACGCUGCCAAGCAAAGCCACAGGCACGUGGCCAAGUGGGGAACGGUCCCCGUGUCUGCUCUGUCACCAGGAGGAUGGAUGGACAGGGAGGCAGGAGGAUGGUGGAGCUGCAGGCUGGCACCCUCCUCCAUCUCCACAGUCCAUGCGGCUGCUAGGACCAGCGCUCCACUUCCAUUCUGCUCUCGGGCUGUGGCGAGUUCAGCCUCGCCCAGUGCAGGGCAGGUGUCGCUGGGCUGAGGGUUUUCUCCUGGAUGGAUCCCAAGUGGGCAGGAGGUGCUUUGCACAGCUCCUGCCUCCUGUCUGCUCCCUGGCACAGCAGCUCCCGUGGUGGGUCCAGCUUCCCACUCAGCGCUGCACCCGGUGCCUCCUGGGACACCUCUGUGCCAUCGCAGCCACCGCUGCUCCCAGAAGGACCAGGACGAGACAGACUCACGAUGGCCCACGUGUGGAGCAGAUGGGACCCCCAGAAGGCACCCGUGUGCCCCAUGCACAGGGACGCUGCAGCAGAUGCCUUCACCGCCCAGUCUCUGCUGCUUGCAGAGGAACCCUGUGGGACAGGUUGCCCAGUCUCGGCGUGGCCGGAGGGACACUGCUGGGGCAGGUAGCUCCACAGGUGCCUCCUCGGACCAGCCUGUCUGGGAUGGGGCAGCUGGCAGCACCCCAGGACCUCCAGGACGGUUCAGCACAGCCUGGCCCUCCUGCGCCACUGAGCACGUGGGCUGCAGAGUCCCGGCUGAGCAGGUACACGGCCACCGUGGGCAGAGGUGAGCUCUGGAGAUGGAGAAAGGCCGUGUUCCCCAACUGGGCAGGCGUGUGGUGAGUGGGGGUCAUGGGGCAGGUACCCCUCAUCCCCCUCCGGCGCCUCGGAGAAGGGCUCUGGCACUCAAGCAGAGCCAGUGAGUGAACGCGUUGGCACAAAGGGGCUGUGCCGACUGAGUGCAAUGGGCACCUGGUGGUACAGAGACCGUGAGCCAGGUGAAAGCACCCUCAGUGGUGCCCAAGGCAUGAAUGGAGCUGAGGAACCAAAAUACGGCCAUCGAUUGCACCUUCUAUCUCAGCGAGGACAAUCCCAAAGACGGUGGAAGGCACAGAGAAAUGCAAAGGGACCGAACACGUUUGCACUGAGCCCAGCAGGCGGGCAUGGCUGGGCCGAGCACUGGGCAUUUAUCGCCCCUCCACUGCCCAGGUGGCCACCUGAGGGGUUCUCUCUGCCCUGGCAUGGCAGAGGGAUGGGGCGCAGCUCCCCCGCUCUGGGGAGACCUUGGUGGAGCAAGGCUGAGUUGCUCCAGCCUGUUGACUAGCGGGCAUCUCUCCAGGACGGUCUCUUCGGGGUAAGACAGGCACCGAGCUGGGCUGGGCAGGACCCCUUGGUGAUGACCCUGGUCAUGAUGUGAUGUGGGGCCAGGAGUGUCCAGGCUGGGUCUCACCUUGUCCUGAGGGUGUGGGGAGCAUCCACGUGUUGGGCUGGCACGCAGCAGGGAGGAUGCACUUUAUCAGAGCAGCGGAGUGGGGUUGUGGGAGCUUCUGGCUGCAGGGAUCCCAGCAGGGCACAAUCCGGAGGAGCGUGACGGAGGAGAGCAGGCUUCUUCCCCGACACCUCCUCUCCUCUCCUGCCUUCCCUUGCAAUGCACUUUGAAUGGAUGAGGAUGUGGUCCAGGCCAUGGCUCCAGCUCCCUGGGAGCACUGGUUGAACUUCAACUCAUCCAUAACUGCUUCAGCCCCUUAGCCUGGUUCCCUCAAGGCCCCCAGGCACGGCUGUAUCAGGAACCUCUCCCUCAGGUGUGCUGUGAAUGCAGGCAGGCAAGAAGGACCUCUCACCUCCACGCAUGUCCAGGCCACCCUUGUCACACGCACAAGAAGACCAAAUGCACCAUCACCCGGCAGGCGCUGGGGUUUGCUGGAGGGGAGCCUGGGCCAGCGCACGGAGGGGAUGGAGCUUCUCCCAGUAUUUCACCCCUCUUUCAAAUCAGGCAAUAAACCCGUGUUCUGUUCUCCCUCCGCACGGACACCCUUUGUCCUUUCCCUCUGCCACGGCAGUUCCUGGUGCCACGAGCAGCCUGGGAUCUCUGCGUGCAUCCCCACCACGCUGCACCCCGUGGGUUCUCCCAGCCUUCGCGUUCUCCACGUGCAUAGAGGAGGGUGUUCAGUGGGAUGCACGUGUGAUACAGGACAGGGGUGGACCAUGCAGAGCGGGGCAGAUGUUGAAACCCCUGCUCCCACAUGACUGGAGAGGAGCUGCUUGAAUCCUGGGACCGUUUGCCAAAAUACGAUACAGGUAAUAGCUCCGAGGCUGAGGGAAGCUGCUCGCACAGCAAUAGCUCCGACGUGGCGCUCCAUG